AUGAGAGGGCUUAAUAGCAGGAUAGCUCCUGAGAAGAUAUUGGUCCAAAUAGUUGAUAAAAGACCAGUUACAUAUGAAGUGACUACAUAUGAAGUGACUGGGGCUCCGAGAAAGCCUGAAGGCGGACAUAAGAGGACCUCAAGUAAGGGCCGCCCCCUUACUAUUCAUGACAACUCCAGGAGUAGGGAAGGAAGGAUGGCCUUAAGGCCCACAAGGAGUAAAUCCCAUCGAAGGGAAGAAUCAGUUGCAUAUUCAAAAAGUGUGCCCCACAGUGAAGAUCUCCUUGACAAGAAAAGGCAAGAAAUCGAGGAAUAUGCUCGCCUGAUUAAGAAACAAGAGCAUGAAAUUCGGGAGUUAGAACGGAUCAAAGAACACCCAGAGGACUCUGGACUUUCAUGGAGAAAUUACAGGGGAGAUGGGAAUGCUAUGGUAAAAUACAGAAAGGCUGCUUCACGAGGAAGAAGGAACAAAAGCAGAAGUCCCACUCCAAGGCGACAUAAAGCUUCUCCACGAAAAGGGGGGAGAAGAAGUAAGAGCCGAACACCGGAACGACGAAGGGCUUCUUCAAGAAGGAGCAGGAGCCGAAGUCCUUCCUCUGAGGAAGAAAGGACUAGAAAACACCAUAGGGAUAGGUACGAGAGACCUGAUUUCGAUUGGGAAAAGACUAGACCCAAUAAAACAAAGGGACAAGAAGAUGAAACCAUGACUGCAUGA